GUCACUCUCUAUAUUUAUGUAUUGCCUUGUCCAUUUGGAAAGUUGUAGACUUUUGAAUCUCUUAUUCAAUUCACUUGAAUUAAAGCAGUUUCGACAUUUAAAAAUGGAAGUAUAAAUUGAAGAAAUCCUUGAAGGUGUUCCAUUAUAUAUAUUAAGAUGGCAUUUGUGGACUUGUUCGUCGUGGCAUUAGUACCUGUUCUGAAAACUCUCAUAAUUACUGCUGUUGGGUUGUUCCUUGCUUUGGAACGUGUCAAUCUCCUUGGCUCUACUGCAAGGCACCAUUUGAACAAUCUUGUGUUCUAUAUUUUCACUCCAGCGCUGGUGGCUAGUAGCUUGGCUGAAACAGUAACAUCGAGCAACAUUGUUUCAUUAUGGUUCAUGCCCGUAAACAUUCUUCUCACAUUUAUCGUCGGUUCAGCACUUGGAUGGUUACUUGUGAAAAUCACAAGAACUCCUAUAGAACUUCAUGGCCUUGUUAUAAGUUGCUGUGCUGCAGGGAAUCUGGGGAACUUGCUUCUCAUCAUAAUUCCUGCAGUUUGUGUGGAGAAAAAUAGUCCCUUUGGAGAUUCAGUUACAUGCUCCACAAAAGGAAAGGCCUAUGCAUCACUAUCUAUGGCAAUAGGAGCAGUCUAUAUAUGGACUUAUAUCUAUAACAUAAUUCGAGCCUAUGGAGUCCAACAUAAUACCUCAACGGUCAACACCGAAGAUUCUGGUGAAGUCCCAGAUCUAUUAUUGUCCGAUAGCUGUACAAAAUUGUUAUCUUCACAAGAUAGACUACAAUCUGAUAUGGACCAUGAAGCUCAACUUGCAGUACAUCUCAUUGGAUAUGAAACCACACAUGAGGGACAUUUUGUUAGGAAGAUCAAACAACAUAUCAAAAUAUGGACGCAAAGGAUCAAUUUCAAAAUAUUGUUUGCACCCUCAACAAUUGCUACGAUUGUUGGGAUCAUCAUUGGUGUAACGUCCCAGUUAAGAAAGCUGAUGAUUGGAAAUGAGGCUCCAUUGCAUGUGAUUGAUAGCUCUGCUUCUAUGCUAGGAGAGGCUGCAAUACCAGCCAUGACAUUGAUAGUUGGAGCAAAUCUUCUUAGAGGGCUGAAAAAGUCAGCAGUAGGUAUGUGGGUUGUGAUAGGCAUACAGGUAGUACGUUAUGUGGCAAUGCCAUUAUCAGGGAUUUGUGUUGUCAAAGCUGCACGCCAUUUCGGAUUGGUUGGAUCAGAUUCCUUGUACCAGUUUGUACUACUCCUGCAAUAUGCACUUCCUUCUGCAAUGACUAUAGGUACAAUUACACAGUUGUUUGAAGUUGGUGAAAGUGAAUGUUCAGUGAUUAUGCUAUGGAAUUAUGCAUUGGCAUCAGUUGCUCUUACUCUAUGGACCACUUAUUACAUGUGGAUUUUAUCUUGAUCAGUCUCUACAAAAUAUCAUGUCUUAUGUUUUGCCUUUGCUUUAUUUUCGAUUAGUUAAAUUAUUUAUACUAUUAGUGUAUAACUUAAACCUUUAGGGGUCGUUUGGUAUGUGUGUUCAGAAUAUGUUAUUUAUGUACUAGAAGUAACAUAACUAA